CUCGCCUCUCCUCUGCGCGCCGCCGAGCCGCGCUUGGCUCCGCCGCCUGCCUCCCGCUCCCCGCCGCAGCCAGAGCCCGCUCCGGGCGCGCGUCUCGGGUGCAGGGCGGACGAUGCUCUGGCUGUGCGGCGGCGGCGGGCGAGCGGCGGCUGGGCUGCUGCGCUUGCCCGGGCUCAGCCUGGCCGCCUGGCUCCUGCUCCACCACCUGGGACCGCCCAUGGCUCGGGCGUCCUCGCUGCUGACAGGUUCUGUUGCAAAAUGUGAAAAUGAAGGAGAAGUUCUACAGAUCCCUUUUAUCACCGACAAUCCUUGUAUAAUGUGCAUUUGCCUGAACAAGGAAGUGACAUGCAAACGGGAGAAGUGUCCAGUACUAUCCAAGGAGUGCGCUCUGGUCAUUAAGCAGAGAGGAACAUGCUGUGAGAGAUGUAAAGAUUGCAGUCUUGAAGGAACUUCAUACAAUACCUCAGUAAUAUGGCAGGUUCCAGAAAAACCCUGUACCAUGCGGCAAUGCCAGGAAGGAGUGAUAACAGAAUCUGAGAUUCAUUGUGUUGUUCAUUGUAAAAACCCCUUGAAACAACUGGGAAUGUGUUGUCCCACAUGUCUAGGUUGUACAUUUGAAGGUAGACAUUACUAUGAAGGUGAGGAAUUUCAGCCUGAAGGGAACAAAUGUAUCAAGUGCACAUGUGUUGGUGGCAGGACACAGUGCGUACAAGAAGUGUGCCCGAUUCUUUCAUGUCCCCAGCACCUCAGCCACACUCCUUCCGGACAGUGUUGCCCAAAAUGUUUAGGACAGAGGAAAGUGUUUGAUCUCCCGUUUGGAAGUUGUCUCUUUCACAGCGAUGUUUAUGACAACGGGGCUUCAUUUGCAUAUGACAAUUGCACCAAGUGUACAUGCAGGGAUUCCACCGUGGUGUGUAAGAAGAAAUGCUCACCUCCUGGAGAGUGCGUUAAAGCCAAAGAACAAUGCUGCAAGGAGUGUGUUGUGUUUGCCUCUCCUGAGGAAAGAAAUAUGUGCAAGUUUGGUAACAAGAUCUUCCGGGAUGGAGAGGUGUGGUCCUCUGUUAACUGCACCAUCUGUGCUUGUGUGAAAGGCAAGGCAGAGUGUCGCAAGAAGCAGUGCAUUCCAGUCAGCAGCUGCCCUCAUGGAAAGAUCCUAAACAGAAAAGGAUGCUGUCCCAUUUGCACUGAAAAGCCUGGAGUUUGCACUGUAUUUGGAGACCCCCACUACAACACUUUUGACGGACGGACAUUUAACUUUCAGGGAACAUGUCAAUACGUUUUGACAAAAGACUGCUCCUCCUCUACCUCGCCCUUCCAGGUUCUGGUGAAGAACGAUGCCCGGCGGACUCGCUCUUUCUCCUGGACAAAAUCUGUAGACCUUGUGCUGGGCAGCAGCACCAUCAGUCUCCAUCAGCACCUCACAGUGAAGUGGAACGGGACACGGAUAUCCUUGCCAUGCGAAACGCCACACUUUCACAUCGACUUGGAAGGGUAUCUUUUGAAAGUGACAACCAAAGCAGGACUGGAAAUCUCUUGGGAUGGAGACAGUUUUGUCGAAGUUAUGGCUGCGCCACAUCUCAAGGGCAGGCUAUGUGGUCUGUGUGGCAACUACAACGGGCACAAGAGGGAUGACCUGAUUGGGGGAGAUGGGAAUUUCAAGUUUGAUGUUGAUGACUUUGCUGAAUCUUGGCGUGUGGAGUCAAAUGAGUUCUGCACUCGCCCUCCGAGGAAACAUUUUCCUGAACUAUGUCAGGGAACAGUGAGGGUAAAACUUCGUGCCCACCGGGAAUGCCAGAAGCUCAAAGCAUGGGAUUUCCAGACAUGCCAUUCAACAGUUGACUAUACUACAUUUUAUCGGUCCUGCGUGACGGACAUGUGUGAGUGCCCUGUUCAUAAAAACUGCUACUGUGAAUCGUUCCUAGCCUACGCCAGAGCCUGUCAGAGGGAAGGUCUCAAAGUCCAUUGGAAGCCUGAGCAGAACUGUGCAGCGGCUCAGUGUAAACACGGCGCAGUGUAUGACACCUGUGGACCUGGAUGUGUGAAAACCUGUGACAACUGGAAUGAGAUUGGUCCUUGCCACAAGCCGUGUGUCGCAGGGUGUCACUGCCCUGCAAACUUGGUCCAGCACAAAGGGAGAUGCAUCAAGCCUAUUCUCUGCCCACAGCGGUGACGUUAACUUUUAUUUCCAAAGACUUUAAAACUGGUAUCUGGGGUACCUUUUGAAGCUCACAGCCAAUGAAGGACUACAGUGUUGGCAGGUCUUGCAAAGCACGCUCUCCAAGAGGGACGAGAAUGUGUGUGCCUGUAUAUUUAGGUGUGUAUAUGGAGGACACAAUGGGAUAAAACAAAAUGGCAGCAGCCUCUGCCUAUCCAACCGGACUGCACUGCUGCCCCACGUGAAGUUAAAUGAAGCCCUGAAUCAAACCCUCAUCUCAGCAGCUGUAGCAUUAACUCUGCCCUACGAAGUCUUUUGCAGCCAUCCCAUCUUCUAUAGCUCCACCCCCAUCAGGUUACACACAUGCAAGACCCUCCCUCCUCACUCAUCACUUAAGGUCGUAUCAGUCCUAGGUUUAGCUAUAUCUUGUAUGUACCCAAAUACACGUGAACAUACAUGAGCACACGCAUAUGAAAGGAGACAUCAUUUAUAUAAACCACAGAAGGAUUAAUUAUUAUAUGUACUUUCCUUGCUAUAAAGUUGAAGCCUUUUUUCUAUGAUGGUAACCUGUAAACCAUGUGAAUCAUUUGUAUAAAUAAACUUAGAGCUCGCUGGCCUGAAAGUAUCUAUCAGAUUACUUUUGCCAGUGUAAAAGCUUGUAGUUUCCAUGGAAAGUUCCCAGGGGCUACAGCAUUGCCAAGUAAGGUUCCUUUAAGCUAAAGAUUAAUGGAUGCACAAGAAGUGUGUUUCUCUGAAGUUAGGGAUAGCUCAAAUUUUCCUCCUUAGAAGAACCUAUUAAUUAUUAAGAGCACCUUAAUAACUUAGAUCCAGAGGAGUUAGGCAUGUUAGUCUGUAGUAGCAAAAUAGAAAGAGUCCAGUAGCACCUUAAAGACUAACCAACUUUAUUGUAGCAUAAGCUUUUGAGAAUCACAGUUCUCUUCAUCAGAUGCAUCUGGCAAAGAGAGCUGUGGUUCUCGAAAGCUGACAAUGCAUCUGACGAAGAGAGCUGUGGUUCUCGAAAGCUGAUGAUGCAUCUGACGAAGAGCGCUGUGGUUCUCGAAAACUGACGAUGCAUCUGACGAAGAGAGCUGUGGUUCUCGA